AUGGUGGUGGAAAAGAUGUAUACUAACGACAUUUGGGCGGAGUUAAUAGGUGAAGGAAUACUUCAAAGUGAUGAUAACAAGAAUAGGAAACAGGUUGAUACUAAUGGAGAAAAGGAGGAAGUUUCUCUUGUGAACCAGGUUUGUCCUUGUUGGUUUUGAAUAGUGAUGUUUUUUCGUGAAUCCAUCCUUUACUUACUGCAAGAACGUCCUAACAGUAGUUAUUAUAAACUGAUUAUCGCCUUCUUCAUAAGUUAGGUUAUAGUGCCCCUGCCCUUUGCCACAGUCUCCGUAUGGAAAAUAUGCAUGUAACAACUGCCAGAUCGUUUUCUAGCUCGUUUUCCAAAGCUGGUUAAAAAUUUUAACCAGCGUUUUUAUACUUGUAAGUUUAGUUCCGUGAGUAGAAGGAUACUACUAUCAACCAUUUAGUUAUAUUUCCAUGAUUGUACCCAUCUACACGUAAGCUAAGCUUUUGGGUUAGUAGUGCGUGUGCAACCAAAGUGAGUUUAGCCAUAUCUUUAUUUAUACUUUUAAGUGUUAAUUAGGCCUUGAGCAUAGCUUUCCCUUAUUUUGUUGUUGUUGUAUUUCGCUAUUGAUUUAUUUUUUUUAUGCCAGUAGUAAAGCCAAGGGGCUGGCAAGACUCAAUCAAACAUCAUUUCCUAUGCGUCCUUAAACUCACUGUUCCUUAAAAAAGUGCAAGAGCAUAUUAAUGUUUUGGAAACCUCAUGCCUCCAAUAAUCAUAUCCGUCGUUCCUCAAUGUUUGAGCUUAUUAAUCGGGCUGAAUAAUCGAAUCGAAGGGUGAAGAGGAAUAAUUAGGUGUUUAUUACUCCAUUAUUCCAGCUGGAAAAUUUUCCUUAUGCCAUUAUUCCAGAAAAAGAAAUAUUCCGUUGAAAACGUCUGCUUAUUCCAUCAUUCCGCGCCACAAAAUGGCAUUAUUCCAUUCUUACAACUAAAAAAGCCGUUAAUCUUACACCAUUAUUCCUCUUCACCCCCAAAAGUCGAACCAGCCAUGUUAAGUCUUUCAGAAUCAGAAUCAACAGUUAUUUUUUCGUACUCUGCUACAGGUUGGUGAUCCAAACGAAGAAAGUGUUAGUGAACUCACAUUAACAGGAUCUGAUCAUGAGUUAGUUGUUGAUACUACUUCACCUUCAGAGGAGAUCAAGGAGCGAGCAGUUCAGUUAAUAAAGGAAAUACAAGGUGAAGAUUUUAAGCCUGAAGAAUCUGUUGUCAGUAUUGAACUGUGGGAUUUUGCUGGACAGCACCUGUAUUAUGCAUCCCAUCCUGUAUUUUUAUCACCACGUGCGCUGUACAUCUUGGUGUGCAACCUCAGCAAGUCACUGCAUGACACAGCCAAGCCCUGUGUGAGACAAGGAUCUCGUAAUGUUCAUUUGGAAAACCCAAAUGGAGAAACAAAUCUUGAGAACUUGUUGUCGUGGCUGUCCACAGUGCAUAGCGUCGCACAGAUGAGAAGAAAAACCUGUGAUAAUGAAGCGAAAGAGGUGCCUCAUUAUUUGCGCCCCCCAGUGAUCAUUGUAGGAACCCAUGCAGACAAGCCAUUUGAAGACAUUGAAACAAUGAAAACAGAAAUCCAGAACGCAAUCGCUGGUAAGGACUAUGAAGGACAUGUGGUGCGGCCUAUCUUCAGCAUUGACAACACUGCAAAAUUAACUCAAAGAAAGAUCAAGAAUAAAGUUUUCGGGAAAGAUGAAAACAUUGAUGAGAUCCAUGCUCUACAAGUCAAAAUCAUGGAAGUGCUGAGACAAGAGCCUUACAUUGGGGAGAGCAGACCUGUGAGGUAAAAAAUAUUCUGGUUACACCAGAAUGUUCAGAAUCCAAUAAAGUAAAUAUUAAAUAAUUUCCAUGUCAAAAGUUGAGCUGUAAACGCACUGAGAUUACGGUUUAUGUGUAUGGCGUUUGUUUCCACCAGUCCUUGUAAGAUGUUUUCUUUGAUAUGUAAUGUGUUUCAGGUUUCAUAAGUAACUCAUUGACUGUGACGCUACAUAAAAGCGUGGCCGGAAAACAUCUCAAGGCUGGUUCAUUGUAGUCCUUUACUUUGGUUAAAAAAAUUAUAGCAAGAACACAAAAUAAUCAGUGGCUUCCGUAUGAGCCACCUGGCUGUCAUAAGAAAUCAAUGUCUCGUUGAUUAAAACAAGUUAACCGUGAAAAGCAGUUUUGACUGGCCUUAAGGAAUAUUCUACUCUGAAGGAUUUUACAAUCUUAUUUCGAAUUAGCUGAAAAGCAUUGUGUACAUUUUGAUUUUCGAUUAAAAAAGGUAAAGGAAAGUGGAUCACUUACCCGUUCAAUCUGUAGUUAACUGCAUAACUGCACAUGGUAACCAUUUAGAAUAUGACCAGCUGUAUUAGUUAAGCUUAUUUAAGCUUAAAUUGAUCUCAUUUUAAGUUUAGAAAGACAAUCAGUACUAACCAAUAUAAAAUCUUCACGGCUUUUCACAUGUCAGCAGUCUUGUAAAUUGUUUUGGAACGUGUGUAUUGUGGGGGUGUGUUCGAGUAACUCGCUCGCUACACGAUGAGGUACCAGGAAUCUGAUUUACAUCUUGGCCUUUAUUCUUCUUAAUCUUCUUACAACUUCUGCUUACUCUACUACUCCUCUACUUCUCCUACUCUUCUCUAUUAACCUCUAGUUCAAGUAUAGUAGCGGUUUUAAUAGCCAAAGCUGGACAUGUUUGGGUUAGCUGACCGGAAGAGUUUCUAUUGUAUUUCUUAUCGCUAAUACUGCAACAGGUUUGCUAUGGUUAGGGAAUAUACCAAAGAACCAAGGUCAGCUCUAACACCACAAACACGACCACCUGUAGCAUUCCUAAUAUGGCAAUAAGUAAAUUCGCGAGCUAAGCAUAACUUCAACUACAAGUAAAAACAAAAGAUCAAAACAGGAAAACAGUGCGUGGACAAAAUCAAGAAUUAACGAAACAAAAACUAAACUUAAAAAUAAGAUAGAUCCGUCUUGAAAAUAACUUUCAAAAUACUUCACAACAGUAUGCUUCUGGAUGGCCACGGUUGUUCAAACGAUGAAUCACUAUUAAGCUGGAAAAUAUUAGGAAACCUUAUGGAACUUUCCACUGGAUUUUGGACAGAUACCCAUGUAUUUAUCAAGUGGAUAGAGUUAUCCACCUUUCGCACAACUGGGCCCUGUACUUUAGUCAGUAAAAGUAUACUGUGUAUAUGUGACGUGGAUACUUAAAAGAGCUGUAUCAAUUUUCUCUUUGGUUUUGUAAACUAGGUGGCUGAACUUUGAGAAAGUCAUCAACGCUCUACUUUCCAAGCCCAAGCCAGUUUAUUACCUGAGUAUAACGAAGCUACGGACCCAUGCCAAGGAGAAGUGCUUCAUCGAUGAUGAGGAAGAGUUUACCACUAUGGUGAAUUUCUAUCAUGACCUGGGGAUAAUUAUCAAGCACCGUAGUACAGUCAUCUUGAGUACCCAGUGGCUGAUAAACUUGUUCGGGCAGCUGAUCACUAUUCCAGAUUUUACGAAAAUGGUAAGAAAUGGAUUUUAAACGUGUUUUAAAACGUGCAAGGUUUAUAAUGGUCCACAUUUUGGAUGAAGUCACAGGUUUCCAACCGUGCUGUAGCUAAUAAAAAUAAUUAUGUCAAGUGCAUUGCACGCUAUCUUUUUGAAAAUGUUAGCUGUUCCUCAAAUAUUUGUAAACAGCAAAAUCCUGGUGGAUUGGGCUGCUAUUUAAUAUUUCCCCCAGUGUAAAACAGUUAGUGUAGGCGAUGUAAUUCUGAAAUGAAAUCUUACCCGACCAAACCUAUAACAACUGAAUUAGUACUAACGCCUGGUCGGCAGUCAUCCCUGUAAUCAACCCGCUAUACUGACGUCACUAAGAGUAAACAUUACAAUGAAACAUUUUCACUGCACUUUCUUAUUUGAACGUUGUAAUAUCCCAAGAGGAUUCUUGUUUCAAUUUCGAAGGACAUCAGGUGACAUCACGAGGUACCCGCUAACAAUAAGAGGAGCUUAUAACCAAUUUACUUGCAAUUUACCCUUUAUGUAGGCUCAAAGUAAUUGGACAACCAAACAGAGUGGAAAUACAUGUUUAAAAUAUACACGAAAAAAAUACUCAAUUCUGAUUGGCUGAGAAAGGAGUGCGUUUCUUCUGUAACACGAGUGCAAACUUGUAACACGAUUGCAAAAACUUGUAACACGAGUGUAAAUUACAAAUGGUUUCUCAUUGGCUGAAACACAAAAGAAACCACCAAGACAUGACCAAGAACCAAUCAGAUUAGAGCUGUUUUAACAACAAAAUUUAAGAAAAUGGCCAUGGUUUUCAGCAGACGACGCAAAACAACAAUAGAAAAGUGAAAAAAAUAUUCGACAAACCCGAACACAGUAAAAAGUACGUCUUUCUGGCUAAAUGUAUCGAAAAUGCGGUGCUAAGAUAAAAAUACUGUCAACAAAAUCGAGCAAAAUGAGCCAGAGAAACUAAAAAACAAGCUACUUAUAACAGAUUACGCUAAAGUAAAAAAAAUAAAGAACAGAAACGGUGGCAACCACACGCAAACCAUGACAGCUACACUUUUCAAGCAUUUAAAUGAACAAGGAUACAAGUUUUCCAUGAUAACAACAGGGAUUUCAAGUCACGUACGUUCUUUGUUGGAGGAGAAAGGUGUCCGGUUGCUCUCUUUGAGUCUUUUGUGGAGCGAAGACUUCUCCAUGCGAUGGUCUGUUUUUUUCUACCUCAGUAGCAAACGAAAGCGAAAAUUUAAACAUCUGGUCAAAAAUAAACCAAUGGGCGAAAAUACCGUAACCAACAUAAUGAAAGUAUCCGUAGGUGGUACUAGCCUUAAAGAAAGUGAGAAAACAGUUUGCGAAUUAUUGUGCAAGACAUCAGAACAACUGUGGCUCCACUCACCCAUCGAUGGCAGCGUCGGAAGAAAACAAAUUACCUCCUUCAUUUUCGGGCUUUAAAUCUCAAAAAUUUAUCCAUGAAUCCAGCUAUGAUGGGGUCUCAGGAACAGAUAAUGAUGAACAGUCGUUAAAAAAACGUUAGCAAGUGUCUUUCAUCUUUGGCUGCUCGAAGCGUUCUCCUGAUUUCAAAACGGCAGCAUAUUUCUUGAAAACGCUUUUUGUAAACGCCGAGCUCUCAUAAUCGAGGAUGAAUUUAAAAACAAUUACUUUUGCUGAUAAUUAUAAACCAAGUUAUCUUUAACAGGCUGGUGACCAUAUAAAAUCAGUCUUUGCACAUUUUCAAGUUCUUAGCUGAAUGAUAUUGGGAGCGUUGGUCUUGAAAAAGUUUGAAUUUGACAAAGGUAGUAGUCUGUUUCAGCCAAUCUGUUGAAUGAACUAAAAACGAGCGCGCUGUCAAAACUUGUUGUUGUAGGUAUGUUUUUCGUGCACAUUAUUAAUCAGUAAUCACAUGAUUUUUCUCGUGCAAUUUGGAAUGAAUAAGCACUUGUAAAUUUUUCAAAGACCGUAAAGUGCACUCGCCCUGCGGGCUCGUGCACUUUUGUUGGUCUUUGAAAAAUUUACUCGUGCUUAUUUAUUCCAAAUUGCACUCUAAAUCAUGUGAUUACCUAUACGUAUAUAUAAAGGAAGCCUGUUUUCACCGCCCUUACUGAUGCACACGCGCGGAGCCAAUUUCGAAACAUUUAUAACACUGCUCAACCUACACAAAAAAAGGAGUGUAGCUUGUACCAAGCAGUAUUGUCUCCUACGCUGAGGUCCUUUUGGCUCGUCAAGCAACCCUCCCCAAAUAGGUGACAAGUAGUCUCUCAUUUUCCUCAGGGAUGGUAGAACGAGAGGAUUAGGCGAGCGCGCGUGAAAAUUGCCGCUAAGAAGGUGACAAACGCUCCUGUAUUUUGCUCGCUCAAAUAUCCCAGAGGAAAAUAAGGGGCCACUCCUAGUUUACCCCCAGUGGUAUAUUAGGGACAGAAUCAGCCUUUUUUGCUGUGGAAUCUUCGCUGGAAUACGUAAACGCCUAUGACGUCAUAACUCUUUGUCUUUAUCUCAUGAAUAAAAUGCGGUUGAACCUCUUUAAAGGCUGUUUACAUGGAGGUGGGGACCCCAGGUAGGUGAGGUAACCCGCGGCUGGUCACCCAACCUAUCAUUUGAACGUGAUCAAAUUAAAAUGAGAGGUUAUUUGGACAGGCGGGUUACUAUCCCACCUACGCGGGUUACCUCACUUGCUUGGGGUCCCCUAACUCCGUGUAAACAGGCCCUAAAAUAAUCUCGUCUGCUAUUUUCAACUUGUUGGACCGGUUUUCCAGUUAUUUCUUGGUAGAUGAAGGUCUUGUUUUUUGAUUGGUUGACUACAUGUAAGAACUAGGGAAAGUAUUCAUUGGUUGAUUGAAGUUGUCGAAGGAAUAAGCGCUAAUUAACUCGUCUUGACUGAAAAUCACUGAUUCGUAACGUAGUUUACGUUAUGCAAGUUACAUUUCAAACCGCUCUCAUUGUUCAACAAGUUGUUCCAAGUUGUUGCGGUUUAUUGUUUCCUGGCGCGCACAAAACGUGAAUAUGUAAUGAGCACCAAGGCAAACUAGCCCUUCCUAUCACGAAAAACAAUUUUUCACUUUCCCACAUCCCUUUUUUCCUUUUUCACAUUUCUGUUGUUUCUAUUCACCACCACAACCACAUUUCUAUUGUUUUCCCUUAGCGCGCGAGGUUGUGGUAGACUGUUGUAAAGGAAAGAAAACUUGACUUCGUAAAUCUUCCCACAGAAUGGAAAGAAUUGUGUAACGAACCAAACGGAGGACUGCUUAAAAGGCUAUCCUCUUUUCUUUUAUCCACACAGUAGUACUUUCUAGGCAGACUACGAAACUUUUAUUUUCUAUCCUUCCACACACGAAAACGGAAAACUCUAGAUCUUUUUCUUUGUUUGUUUACUUAAAACAUUAAAUAAAAUAACCAACGAUUUAUAAUUGCAGCAAUUAAGUAGCUUAAUAUGUUCCUACAAUAACACUAUUUUAAAAUACAAAAUACAAACUAAAUUAGCUAAAGUUAACUCCUUUAAGUACUCCUUCUUUGUGGAAAUUGUCAAAGACUGGAACAGUUUGCCGAACCAUCUCUUCACAGACGAAAUUAACGUUAACAAAUUUAAAAAAGGCUGUAAAAGAUGGAUGAAGAUUUAGUGACACUGUAGCUCAUAUUCUAAUUGUAUAUAUUUUCAUUUUAAAUAUCAUACUUAAUAUACCAAUUUGUACCUCCACUAAUGAUUUUUACGCGCGUUUUUUAAUUUUUUAAUAUUUUUACUAAAGUUCAGUUAGGGGAUCUUUUAUAGGGAUAACCUCGCGGUCCACCUUUUCAAAUAUGUAUCGUGCAUCAUGUUUAUGUGCAUAUAUGUAUUUAUCAUCAUUAUUAUUAUUAUUAUUAUUAUUAUUAUUAUUAUUAUUAUUAUUAUUAAAACAGUUUUGUUUUUGUCCUUCGCUUUAUUCCUUUUUAGGUUCCUAAGGUUGCCAAGCACUGGAAGGAAGUUGAAAAAAGCGGUGUUCUCUGCAUGGAACUGGUUGAUCUUGUGUUUUCCAAAUUCCUCCUGAAGGGUGUUGCCAGAAAAGACAUUCUGGAUUUGAUGGAACAAUUUGGAUUGAUUGCAAAAUUUUCGUCUUCAAAGACAGGAGAACAGUACUUUGUUCCAUCUCAACUCAAAGCUUCGCCUGAUUCUCUUUGUUCCAUGGCGCCCUCUAGGCUGGACUCAUGUCCCCUGUAUGUUUACUUUGUCAGCGGCUCUGUUCCCCAUGGUCUGUUCACUCGGCUUGUUUCUCGCUCUGUCCAUUGGUGUUCUGAGGCUGGUCCAACUCAGCCCCCUACCCUGUACCAAAAUGGAGCGUGGUUCGUUAUUGGGAAACAAACUGUCCAUGAUUUUGUUCUUAUUUGUAAGAAGCAGUUUAUUAAGUUCUUUAUCAAGCAAAGAAACCACCCUCAGCAGAUCCCUGUGUAUGAGACAAGUGAGAUGGCAGUACAGGUUCGUGAGUUUGUGGAGGCAACUUUGGAAGCUUUGUCACGCGAUCUUUAUAAAGGUGGAUUGCAGUAUCAUAUUCGGGUCGCCUGUCCGUAUUGUCAGCGGGAAAAAUGCUCUAGCCAUAAUCAGAUUGCAUGUUCUCAUGAAGAUUGUCUUCACCUCCUUGAGGUAAAACAAGGCGUUCAUCUGACUUGCGAAAAGAAACCUACAGAUGAAGUACUCACAGUCAUAGGAAAGCAAAAAUGGUUCUCACAGACACCAAGUAAGGUAGGUAGCACUGAAAUCCCAUCUCUAUCAGUGCUGUUGGCAUGUUACAUAUAAGUGGAAUGUUAACUAAAAUUCCGAAAGUAAGCCCCUCCAAAUAUAAUCCCCCAAACUCGUAGUUAAAACCCUCCAUUAAAUCGCCGCUCCCGAAUAUAAGCCCCCGAGGGCUUGUACUUUGAAAUUGCCCUCAAAUACAAAAUAAAACAAAUUAAAAACGGUACAGUAACACAUAAUGUUUUUAAUUUGCCAAAGAACUAUUCCUCGUGCCAAAUGAUUGCAAUCAAGAAGUGUCACACUUAAAUGCUGUUUGCGUAGUUCACUCUUCACUCUUGGAUUGAAUUUCUUCGAUCCAUAUAGCCAAAGUACUCGCAUGGUUGAGUUUUAGAAAGACCUUGGUCCCCAUGUCGAGUUUCAGUAAAACCUUCGGGCAUUUUACUGACAUAAAUUUAUUUCCAACUAUAAUCUAGCCCAAUCGAUUUUGAGACGCAAAUGUCCCUCCCAUUUCCCUUCGUAUGUAAGCCCCUCAAAAAAGGGCCUUUGGAAAAUAUAAGCUUGGGAGUUUAUUUUCCGACUUUUACGGCAUAUUACUACUAAAUUGAUAUUAUGCUACUAAAAGGCUAGUCAUUUAUUUAUACUUAAAAAGCUUCAACAAAGUUUGUGUGUGUCGUUAUUAGGUUAUAAUGAUGUAUAACGUAAGCCUUCAUUUAACCUACCACAAGUGUCUCGCUGGGUAAAAAGAAGCAAGCAAUAGUUCUUUAAAUCAAGUAAUUUGAUAAGGUCAGUUGGUUACCAUAUAUGACUCAAAAUUCUAUUCAAGUUAUUUUAGCACUUUGCCAGACAAAUGGCUACCCUUGAACUGAGAAUCUCUUUGCAGUGGCCAAUUAACAUCAUCAACUCUGUUGUUAAAUACCUACUGCAGCCGUAGCAGUGGGUAUUCAUAACCGUUUCUCAAGUCUUUCUUAAUAAGCUGUUUGCUUUACAGUUAAACGAUAAGUUUAUAGCUUCUAACUGGAUGAUAACGUGUUUUGCAAACUUUCUUUCAAAACGAUAAACACCCCAGGUGUACACUUUCUAUUUUAAAAUAUGCAAUUUUGGUUUCUGUACAGGACGUGUGUACUCCAUCAUCACCACCACCAGCAUCAUCAUCAUCUGAUGCUGAACAAGGUCAUUCAGAACGUUUAAUAUUGAAAGUUACUCUCCUGGCGAACGAAUGGGGGUCGUCUAGGGGUGGUUUGUCAACAAUAAACAGAACUCUUGCCAUACAUUUGGCAAAAGACCCACAUGUAGAAGUGACCAUUCUUGUACCUGAAUUUGAGUGUGGAGAAAAAGACAAGAGAGAGGCCAAAAGUUACAACAUCUCCAUUAUAGAAGCAGGGCAUCUUCCUGGCUUCAGUGAUCCUCUUGAUUGGUUGAUCGUUCCACCAGAGGACCUUGACAUUCAGGUUGUCAUCGGCCAUGGAGCAAAGCUUGGCAAACAAGCGCAAAUUAUCAGAAAAUCUCAUCAAUGCAAUUGGGUGCAGGUUGUUCACACUGAGCCUGAAGAGCUGGCGAUGCAUAAGAACUAUCCAAGUGCCAUUGCCAAGGGAGAAGAGAAGAACACAGCUGAAGUUGAACUUUGUCAAAAUGCUGACCUCGUUGUAGCCGUUGGACCCAAGUUAAAAGAAGCGUUCUCGUACAAGUUGCGUUUAUAUCAUCAAGAUAUCUUUCAACUAAUACCGGGUUCCUUUGCAGAGUUUUCAGAUAUUAAACAUGCUGCACAAGAUGGUGUAAAUUUCAGAGUACUGAGCUUCGGUCGCGGGGAUUUGGAAGACUUUAGUCUUAAAGGAUACGACAUUGCCGCUAAAUCCAUAGUUGAACUGAAGGACAGUUCCUAUAUUCUUAUUUUCUUUGGUGCAUCCAAGGGAAGGCAGGAUAAAGUCGCAGAAAACUUACUCCAGACUGGCAUUUCAAAGAACCAGCUGAUUGUGAAAUCAUUUGUGACAGACAAACAAAAAUUGAGAGAAUUGUUUUGUGCUGUCGAUCUGGCCAUCAUGCCAUCAAGAACUGAGGGGUUUGGUUUGACAGCAUUGGAAGCCAUGUCAGCUGGUCUUCCCAUUCUGGUUAGUGGAAACUCCGGAUUUGGAAAAACACUGCGUAAACUUCCAAUGGGUGAGUCAUUUGUGAUCGACUCUGAUGACCCUAAAGAAUGGGCGAAAGCAAUUGCAGCCAUCCGUCAAAAAUCAAGGACACAGCGGCUUGAGGAAAUCCAAAGACUGCGAAGAAGUUAUGAUGAAAGAUUCAGUUGGGAGGGACAGUGCCAGGCCCUUGUUGACAGGAUGUGGAAUAUGAUCUAUGGUAAGAAAUCAAAUUGUAAAUGUCCAUUGCUCCUGCAAUAGCGAGUGCAUAAAUACAUUUUUACCAUUUUAUGUAUCGUGGUCCAUGUGCAUCGCUGAAGAAAUAUUAAUAUUGCCGUUGAUCUUUUUAACCUUAAUGGUGGCAUUCACAUUCUGCACACCGUUCUCCGUACACUUCUUGUGUUACUGAUUAAUUUCAAUUUUAAGACUUUUAUUUAUAAUUUUAUAGCAUGUUGGCUACACUUAAAGGAGUUAGCGAUACAUGAAAAUUAAAAUCCAUUACAUACAUCAAAGUCAUUUGAUUUCUAUUCAUAUGCAGUAGCAAUGGUGCUGUUCUCUUGUAUAUAAAAAGAACGUAGCAAAAAAAGACUAGCUAAACUUUUGGCUUAUAAUUUGUCACCAAAAAUGAAAGGGGGGCUUCUGAGGUUAAAUUUUUUAUUAUUUUUUUUAAGAGUGACAUUCUUUUCUGUAAAUCAUCGCUUUUUUUAACUUUACAGGUCUUGGAAAAACCAAAGAAGGUGACGUUCCACAGAACGACUGUGAAAAGGACACUUCCACAGAACCGAUAGCAGGUAAGUCAUUGUUUGCUUUGUCAGUUGAACCAAAGACAAAAUUUCUUUUUGCAGCGGAGUGAGGUUAUUUUCUUCUGUUGAACCAGGAUACUUUCAAUUAUUGGAUGUAUUUCCAAGUAAACUGACGUAAACUAACUGUUUACCUCUCCUGCUUACAGGCCAAACCAUUUAAAUUCACUGCUAAUUUUAAACUUUACAGUUGUUGAGAAAAACCAAGAAGAUGACGUUCCACAGAAUGACUGUGAAAAGGAUGCUGCUAGAGGACCGAUGGCAGGUAAUGUCUUUGUUUGCUUUGUCAAUCAAACCAAAGCCAAAAUAUAUUUUUGCAGUAGAGUGAUGUUAUUUAGUUCUUUGGAGACCACAGUAAUUUUUAAUUAAAUUGUCUGCUGUUUUGAGCUUCUGACCAGUGCACCAUCUCCUAUUAAACUGGCAUGAAAUAACCUCUAUCUUAUGUUAAUUUUUUUUCAUCUUCCGUUUACAGGCGAGCCCAUUUUCCUUGCACUUCAACAAAUCAUACGGGAAGCACGCAUAGAGUCCAGCAAAACUGAGCUGUCGCAGGCUUUGAAGAGGACUGCGAUGGAAAAAGGUUUUGCAAUUUCUGACAAUCAAGGAGAGGGAAACUGCAUGUUUUUUGCCCUUUCAGAACAGCUUGAACUCUUCAAAGGGAUCAAAAUCUCCCACGAUGAGUUACGCCGAACUAUUGUUCAACAACUUCGGGAAAACCCUAAGCUGGUAAUUACCUUAUUCUUUUUUAUUAUUUUUCAGGGUGGACAUUUUUUGCGAUAUACGCGCAUGGCCGUCGCAUGAUAGUAAACAAUUUAAUAGUACAAACAUUAAUCACAAAGGACUGCAAAGGACUGCAAACGAAUACGCGGAAAAACGUAGGAUCUAUAAAGACCUGAUCAGCAAAAAUGAAAAGUAGACAUAUUAAAUUCUGCAAGCAGAAUACUGCAGUGCUGAUAGUACUACGUGAAAAUUAACUCUGCAAGACGUCAACACGAUACCGAAAGAACUCAAAACAGGGCGGGAUUGUAGCCAUAGGUUUUGUCCAUGUUUGGCCAAUUUUUCAUUUUCUCUGCGAGACAUCAACUUGACACUUGGACUCUUGCCCCCCAGAAGACACGUGGUAUGGCUUGAUUCUGUGGGUGUUGAGCGUUCUAGGUCAGGGCUUAAAUCAGAGUGCGCGAAUAUUUUUCACCAGAGUUAGCCUGCGUAGCAAGCGUUUCCGUUUGGUUUCGGAGCAAAGAAAGACCGAGGAACGGGAUUCUCGGUUUUGGCCGCGCGAGAAAUGAAACAAGAGCGAAAAAAUGAAAGCGGGGGGAGGGGGAGGGGAAGGAAGGAAACGCUUGCAGACAAUCCCCUCGAUUUUGAAAACCUGCGUUCGCCAACGAACGCAGCGCCUGGUUGGCUCGGCUAGUCGAACAAUGUUGACAUGUGUCGAUCAAAGGUUUGUUUCAUACUGAGAGGACGGUAUGGUACGUGACACGUACAUUAAUUUUCAGUGGUUGUUUAUUCUGGUUGGCAAGAUUUGCCCUCCAAUGCAAAAACAUUUUCUUUGACCUUUUUUGAAACGUAAGGCUCUUCUUGCGACUAAAUAAGGGUUUCAAGUCGUUUAAUUUAUUCUCCAAAGUGCUUCCUGGAAAAGCCAUUUUCUUUUGUUCGCGAAUGCGAUAGUUUCCUGCAAUGUGUCAUGCUGGGCCCAGCUCGUUAGUGUUUUUUUGACGUAUAUUGAAUUCUCUCAGAUGGUGAUUUACAGACUGUUCUGUUAGACGGAUUAAAAAGACAAAUGUGCAAAGCCUGUAUAGAUCGUUCGGAUUCAUAGAUAUUUCAACAUAAACGCCGUCCACGUGUUACAAAAUACAAAAAAAUAUAUUUUGGGUUCACAUACGCGUCCUCUGAAGUUCAUUUCCGCUCCACUAAAAGCCAAACAUUUUAUUGGUCAAUUAUGACAGCUGAUGACAGCAUCAAAUGUCGGUGCGCGAACUAAGGCAUAACAGGCCAAGUGGGCAGUUUUCAAAAUCCCGGGGUUUGUCUGCAAGCGUUUCCUUCCUUUAUUCCCCACCCCCUCCCCGCUCUUGUACUUACGCCAUUUUUCGCGCGGUCUUUGACUCUCGUUCCUCGUUCUUUGCUCCUAAACCGCACGGAAACGCUUGCUACCCAGGCUACACCAGAGUUUUCUGUGUUGUUACGCCAUACUGACGAGCCCCAAAGAGGGCGAAACAGCUGUCUAUGGCUACAAUCCCGCUCUGUUUUGAGUUCUUUCGGUGUCGUGUUGAUGUCUUGCAGAGUUAAUUUUCACGUAGUACAAUCAGAAUUGCAGUAUUCUCCUUGCAGAAUUUAAUAUGUCUAAUUCAAUAGUAAACAUCCCUUCCCCCCUCCCCUCUCUCUCUUACACGNCAAAGAGGGCGAAACAGCUGUCUAUGGCUACAAUCCCGCUCUGUUUUGAGUUCUUUCGGUGUCGUGUUGAUGUCUUGCAGAGUUAAUUUUCACGUAGUACAAUCAGAAUUGCAGUAUUCUCCUUGCAGAAUUUAAUAUGUCUAAUUCAAUAGUAAACAUCCCUUCCCCCCUCCCCUCUCUCUCUUACACGUGUAACGGAUACCUCCCUAAAACCUCCUAAACCUACUCCACCUCCCUAAAAGUGUUGGUCUCUGCCGUACUUAACUGUUUUUUGUUGUUGUUGUUGUUGUUUUUUUUACAUUUUUAAAGAGAAUAGUACAGGGUGCACAGGUUAGACCGCUUUUUUGUAGUGUAAUCUCAUUAAAAUGAAGCAGUGGAAUAAAUAAUGUUCUCUCUGUCUCGUGAAUAAAAUGCGGUUGAAUUCUCAUUAAGAUAACGCCACGAGCUAUUUUUACGUUGUAUUUAGUACAUCCAUUUAUAUAACUUGUAGGGAUCAUGCCCUUAUAUUGACAUAGAUUAGUCCAAAUUGUGUGUCAUGUCUUUAUUUGGUCAUGAAGACACCUGAGACUUAAAAUCACUGAACCACGAUGCCCUCAUUGUCCAUUGCAGACAUCUCAGGCUGUCUUCACACUAUACGGUAUAGCUUUUUCUCCGGUACCAAAAUCAUACUGGAUGGGGUUUCAGUUCACACAUGAGAACGGCGAUUUUGGCGCGAUUUCUUUAACGCGCCGAUGCAGCGUUCUCUUUCGUAAACGGUCGCUGCAAUUUUUUAGACACUAAGAAAAUUUUUGAUCUGUUAUUUAGAGUGUUUCUAUAAAAAAGAAAGAAAAUCGCAACCCAAGGUAAAAUCCGGACCUCGAACCCGGACCUUUCGUAUCCUAAUCUCUCUCCCUUACCACUAGACUACCCCACCAACCCGCCAAAAUGCUGAAAAAAUUUAAGACAUACACUGACAAACUGUCUUUCUUAACUGUUACAUCAAUAGCAGGUGACCCUAGCCCUUUCCAUAAAUUUUAACGAAAAUUCAACUUGACUCCAACGCCGUUUUCUAACAUUAUUCAAAAACGUAUUAUUUGCCUUUUUGUAACUAAAUCCAGGGAAUAUAUUACAUCUAUCAUGACUAAAGGCUUGCUUACUAAUGGUGGCAUCGCCCGUUAAAAAUGGAAAAAGACUGAUUACGAAAGGGAAUGAGGCCGUGGCGAUCUGUAAAGUGGGGAGUCACAUAUCGGAUAGAUGUUCACACUAUACUGGAUGGCUUUUCGUGUCGUCACCAAAGCUUAUCUGGUAUUGUGUGAACGUAGCCAUUUUGUUCUGGUUCCGGUUCAAUGAUUCUUGGCGCGCAAAGGAGAUAAAGACGUCAUCGACGCUAAUAUAUUGCACUUCAAAAAAAGACGUGUAACUGGUGUGUCCUUAAUACUACUGAGGUGGACACAUUAUUUCUAGUGCCGAUACUAAUGAUGUCGUCUUAGAGGGAGCUGACAGCGCAGCUGCCUGAAUAUAUAUACCUUCUACAAGAGCACUCUACCUUUUUCUCUAUUAACUACAGUAUUUUCUUUCUUACAGCCGGAUGGGACAGAACUGUUUCAUUUUGUUGAUGGAUAUCCAUCUUGGGAUGCCUACCUCACAAGUAUGAUGGCAGAUGGUACAUGGGGAGAUCACGUUNGAGUCACAUAUCGGAUAGAUGUUCACACUAUACUGGAUGGCUUUUCGUGUCGUCACCAAAGCUUAUCUGGUAUUGUGUGAACGUAGCCAUUUUGUUCUGGUUCCGGUUCAAUGAUUCUUGGCGCGCAAAGGAGAUAAAGACGUCAUCGACGCUAAUAUAUUGCACUUCAAAAAAAGACGUGUAACUGGUGUGUCCUUAAUACUACUGAGGUGGACACAUUAUUUCUAGUGCCGAUACUAAUGAUGUCGUCUUAGAGGGAGCUGACAGCGCAGCUGCCUGAAUAUAUAUACCUUCUACAAGAGCACUCUACCUUUUUCUCUAUUAACUACAGUAUUUUCUUUCUUACAGCCGGAUGGGACAGAACUGUUUCAUUUUGUUGAUGGAUAUCCAUCUUGGGAUGCCUACCUCACAAGUAUGAUGGCAGAUGGUACAUGGGGAGAUCACGUUGUUUUACACGGCGCGGCAAACUGUUUUCGAACGUGCAUCCAUGUGAUUAGCAGUCUUCCACAUCGCUAUGACGUAAUGGUCUGCCCAGAGUUUGAUGUUACUGGGAGCAACCGGCUCGUGCUGGGUCACCUGCACGAGCUUCACUAUGUUAGCCUUAUUCCACAGAUAGGAGGGAAAGAUAGCUGA